AUGUAUCCCGGGUCUCUUUUUCCUCUACUCGCGGUACUUGCCGUUGGCACAGAAGCGAUUGGUUCAACACCGAGAUGCAAAUGCAUUCCCGGCCAAUCCUGCUGGCCUUCUCCUUCAGAAUGGAAAGCUUUCAACAACAAGAUUGGCGGCAGUCUUAUCAAGACUGAGCCAAUCGCGCAGUCAUGCUACCCCGGCCCAGAGGAGGAUCUGAAGCAAUGCGCGUACGUGAACAAAAUGUGGUCGGAUCAGGAUUUCCAGUCGUCGAAUCCUAUCGGGAGACCUUAUCCGUACAACAUCACCUGCGCACCGGUGGAUUACGCUGCUGGGCAAGAGCCUACGACCUGCAGUCUCGGUUCUUUGCCUGUUUACGCCGUUAAUGCUACUACUCUGUCACAAAUCCGAAGUACGAUUUCGUAUGCACGUGAGCGGAAUAUUAGACUUGUUGUUACUGGAACAGGCCAUGAUCUUCUUGGUCGCUCUGAUGGGUUCGGCGGUCUUGAGCUCUGGCUUCAUCAGUUCAAAAACGGCAUUAACUUUCAGAAGACUUACAAAUCCGAGAACCAGUGCAAAAGGUCUAGCUGGAAGGGUAGUGCUAUCAAGAUUGAUGGGAACUACCAAUGGCGCGAUGUGUACAAGGUAGCUGAGGCGAACAAUGUCAUCGCAGUUGGCGGUGGCUCUAUCACGCCUGGAGCGAUCGGCGGGUGGGCUUCUGGUGGUGGCCAUGGACCUGCGACGAGGAACUAUGGUCUUGGCGCUGAUCAGAUUCUGGAAGCAGAAGUGAUGCUAGCUGAUGGAAGAGUCGUCAUCGCUAAUCACUGUGAGAACACCGAUCUCUUCCGUUCAAUGCGUGGCGGAGGUCCUGGCUAUGGUAUCACUUUGAGCAGUACCAUCAAGGCUCAUCCCAAUGUCAAGGUUGUCACGGCUCACCACUUGCAGAUCGCACCACUGAAGAAGACAGAGAAGAAUGCAGAUCUACUCGACGCUGUGUCUACUCUGCUGCAGUCGCUACCUGAUCUGAACGACGCUGGCUUUGCUGGCUACGGUUACUGGUUCCGAAACUUCCCCACCGUUUUUGUUGGGAACGCUACAUCUGGCUAUUCACACGGUGUCUGGACAAUCGGCAAGGGCCGUCAGGAGGCUGAGGCAGCCUGGGCCCCGGUGCGAAGGGCUUUGGCGAAGUUUGAAGAUAAGCUCUACAUUAACGAGAGCUGGGCUACGUACGACGACUACUGGUCAUUCUACCACGCUGAAUCCGGGUUAUACGACCCGACCGGCGAUACCUCUGUCUUGACUUCGCGAUUAAUCGACCGCCAGAGCGUGAAGAGCUUCGAGAAAGUCCGAGAUGCCGUCGAAGUCAUGAGCGGCAAACCCGAUGAGUUCGGCACAAGUGUCAUUCUUCUCACUUCCGGAGGCCAAGUCUUCAAAGACGCUUCAGACAAGACAAGUGGCCUACACCCCGCCUGGCGAAAAUCACACUACGUUCUCAUCUCAGGCACGGGUAUUUCUCGUACCGGAAACACUGCUGAGCGCAAAGCGGCGAAUGACGACGUCACGUUCGUUAAGGGCGCUGCAGCGAAGAAGUUGGCUCCCAACACUGGCGGUUACAUGAAUGAGGGUGAUCGCAAUGAUCCUGAUUGGAAGAAGUCGUUCUAUGGUAGCUUAUAUGGUGAGCACCUUCAGACGAAGAGGAAGUAUGAUCCUUCUCAUGUUUUCUACUGUCCUACUUGUGUUGGGUCUGAGGAGUGGGUUGAGAGGCCGGAUGGACCUUUAUGUAGGAUAUAGAUAGAACAAAUGUAGAUCGGGUUAGCUAUAGCCUAUUCAACGAUGCUUCUCAGUCGUGUCUCCGGCGGAUCCCAAACUAUAUCCUGAAUGCUAAGCCUUUGCCUAGCCGGAACCGUCAUGCUUCCACUCGCCGAACUAAUUUCGAUGUUCUCUUCAUUCUUGAAUAAAAGCAUCGGCAUCGUCUGGUGGAAUUCCGCCAAUGUGAACAUGUCAUGAUGUCCUUCAGCCCGAGGGUUUAAAGCGUCCAUUGCUCGUGUGCUGAUGGCUUCGUAAAGGAUCUUUGCAUCUUUGACUGUUCCGGCGUGGAAUAGGCCAACGCCCCAGCUUGCUAUUUUAAGAGGAUCGCCAUCGCCGUGGGGAGUGAAUGGGUUGCCGACGUUGUUGACUGACAGACAGGCGUUGAUUCCGUACUCUUGAAUUAGCUUGGGUACCAUGAUUGUACCACACGGUCGACUGAGCGGUUCACCCUGUCUUGAACCGUCAGACCCAUGUCUGCCCAU